AUGGAAGACAGUGUUGAUUGUGAGAAAUCAAUGGAUGAGGUGAUGCUUCCAGGGUUUAGGUUUCAUCCAACAGACGAAGAGCUUGUAGGGUUUUACCUCAAGAGGAAGAUCCAACAGCGACCUCUUAGCAUUGAGCUCAUUCGGCAACUCGACAUUUACAAAUAUGAUCCAUGGGAUCUCCCCAAGUUGGCGACUACCGGAGAGAAAGAGUGGUACUUCUAUUGCCCGAGGGACCGGAAAUACAGGAACAGCGCAAGGCCGAACCGAGUAACCGGGGCUGGUUUUUGGAAAGCCACUGGGACCGACCGGCCGAUCUACUCAUCGGAUGGGUCCAAGUGCAUAGGGCUGAAGAAGUCCCUGGUCUUCUACCAAGGUAGAGCUGCCAAGGGCGUGAAGACCGACUGGAUGAUGCACGAGUUUCGCCUCCCUUCUCUCACCGACUUGUCUUCCCAAAAUAUUCCUGCCCAUGACUCGUGGGCAAUAUGUAGGAUUUUCAAGAAAACGAACUCGACCUCCCAUAGAUCUCUUGCUCACUCUUACGUCUCCACCAUGUUACCAACUGAAACCACUGCCUCAGAGACUGCAAACUCACUCUUUCACUCUCAACUAAGCCCAGACACUCCUUCCUUCUCACCAUCCCCAACCAAAACUAGCUCCUCCGUUCACAUUCCCCCUCACAACAUCACUCCUGUUUUCGACUCGUCGUCCCCGGUUCCAUGGACUAAUCUAGACUUCGCCAUCAUUUCGUCGAACCUCGACCUGAACCCUAAUCACUUCCUCUUCCCACCUCUCCAAGAGACAACCGCCUCAACCGCCUCGGACGUCUCCUCCAUUCUUCAGCACAUGUCGUCCUCUAUGUUCGGAGACGUCGGGAGGAGCUUCGAGUCCGACUUAAAUGACCAUCAAGAACAGUUCAAUGACGGUUUCCCGCUACUGACUCUACCGCUCGAAAUGCAAGUGAACGGUGCGAUUGUGGGCGGCAGCGGAGGAGAAGAAGCGUCUUCCUUGUUGCUGAGGAACCCUAGCCGCGACGAGCCGUGGGAGGCGGUCCGGUUCGGCGGUUCUACCUACGGUUCGGACAAUUAUUUGAACGUGGGCGAUGCAUGGAAGUCAAACUUGGGGUGGGAUGCAAUGAGUGAUUUGUCAACGUAUUAUUAUCCCACCACCAAGUGCUUCACCUAAUUACACAUCGAAAAGUGAUACGAGAAUAGCUCGAAAAUGGGUCGAUGACUUCCA